AUGAUUGCGCCGUUAGUGUCCGAGCCGGUAUCAGACUUGGCAGUUGCAGCACAAUAUGCAGAUGCUGAGCUUCAUUCCGUUACGGCACAGUUUGAGAAUUCUACAAGUAUGAGUGAGGCUCCUAAAAUGCCAAUGGUGGCUGUUCUUAUUGAUGACAAGGAAGACGAUAGUGAUAGUGACAGCUCGGAGGACGAAGCGGAUAUGAAGCAACAGACGGUAGAGAUUAACAAGUCUGUCACUGAAGAUGUAGAUGAGAGUUCAAGUGAUGAAGUGGGUGAAGACACUGCCAAGUUGCGGGCAGAGAUUAAAGCGGUCAUGACAAAGCAAGACAAUGUGAUAAAUGGACCUUUGACAACUGAGCAUGAGGUUGUCGUAGCGCCUGUGCGUGAGCCAGAUGUGGAACUGACGAAGACCUGUCCAAUUGUUCAUUGUGGCAAUAUCUUGAAUGUGAGUGUGCCCGGUCUCAUGAUGACGAUCAAAUCCAAUCCAAACAGUAGACCAUUGGACGAAGGAAGUGUGUUAUGUCUUGAAGACCGGACGGUAAUUGGAUGUAUCAAUGAAAUCUUUGGCCCCGUGCUGAUGCCAAUGUAUUUAAUUCGGUUUGAGAAUGCAAGCAAGAUGCCCGAAAAGGCUGCGGUCAAUGUUGCCGUUUACUACGCAACGGAGCACACAACGUACAUUAUUCCGGAGAAUAUCAAAGACAAAGGCACGGAUGCUUCAAAUCUAUUUGACGAAGAGACUGAUGAAACGGAAUUCUCUGAUGACGAAGCCGAGGCAGCUUCAAAGCGAGGAAAUGGCAAGCGCAAUCGGGGUGGUGCGCAUAGCACUGCUGGCGACAAUGCUGGCUUCAUCCCAUCUUACAGUGGACGCGGAGGUCAUGGUCGUCGAGGUGGUCGCGGGGGUAAGUAUACGGAUUACCAUGCUCGACAUAACACUGUGAUUCAUGGAAAUCGCAGUAGUUAUGGGCAGCAACCACUGAUUUCCACGACGCCUGCUAUCGGUGUGCCUACGAUUCCUGCGCUUCAAACUCAGCCAUACGGUGGCGUGACGAAAUACACGCAUCCAGGCGGUUUUCCCGGAGCAAGGCCGCCCGUGGUGUAUGGAAGUACAAAAUAUACGUCUCCUCGAGGGCAUGAAGUGUCCCAGCCGCCUACACCGGGGUACCAUGGAGUGGGUAUGUCACAAUCUCAGCACGCUCCAUCGCAUGGCUACUACCAGCCCUCGCCAUCGCAGUACAGCGCGCACAACUUGCCUCCAUACCCACCGCAGGCCCAGUCUCCUCAGGCCCCGUACCAGCAGUACCCUCGGCCACCAACUGCAGCUUACUUGCAGCCGCAGCAAGCACGAAGCAUAUCUUACGACCAACUCCAGCCACUACGGUACCGUCAGCCCCCGCCUCCACCGCCGCCAGCAUAUUACGGAGUAAAUAGCCAGCAGCAGCCACAUCCGCCAGCACACUAUGGAAUAAAUAGCCAGCAGCAGCCACAACCACCGCGAAGAUAG